UCAUCUCGACGCUACUAACAUACCCGGUGCCACGUUCUUUCCUGCCUUAUACUACUCUACGGUCCGCUAGCGGGAAGGCAUGUUACAUGCACUAAAACUCCGCCUUGUGUCGGACCAAGGUCUAAUGUUCGCGCUUGCGCUUGCGCUUACAGUUCGCGCUGCAUGCAUACAGUCUGGCUUCCGGCGCCGUCCGAUGGGGCUUUAUUCAUAGCCACCUCGCGCUCGGAGUCGUGGCCGGAUCUUCGGACGAUCGGCGAUAGGGCGUGUGUGUUCGGAGGGUGUGUGGGCGUGGGGUGUAUUUUGGUAUGUAUACAUAUGCAUCAUCAGGGUGGGAUCAGUCGAUCGGCGUUUUACACAGCACUUGCCUGGGUAGAUAUCGACCAUUGACUAGACCAGACCAGAAGGCUUAUACGGCCCAGAUACGCUACGUCGAUAUCUACACACACAACGUCUCCACAUUCCUACCCAGCAAACCCGCAUGGACAGGGCAUGUGCGUCUGUCCGUCCGUUCGUCUACCACCCACACAUGCCAUCCCCGACGUCGGAUUUAGCUCCCACUAGCGAUCUGGGGAAGCAUCGCAGCUCGGCGUGCACAGCCAGCCUGUCGGAGGCCCUCCGUUAUGGAACAUGCCUUGUCACAAGACAAGAUCUCUGGGUGGCUUUGGGGGUCGGAUUCGGAUCUGGAUGGCUUUUCUGUGCAUGGCUUCGGGCCUAUACUAGACAUGGCCAGACAAGAUCAGAUCACAUCAGACCAGGCACCCCGCUUGUGGAGAUUUGCAUGGUUGACGGAUUUUCUUGGCGGGAGAGAGUGUUCGUGGAAGAUUUCGAGCGGGGAGAGCGAUUGGCUGCUCGGGGUGGGUAUAUCUGUUUGCUCAGGGUGAGGUAUGCGGUUUGGUGAAUGCCAUUUGGUCUGCUUUGGUGUAGUGGGACAUGUGGAGGUGGAUCUACUCGUGGAUCUACCAUGGGUGUGUGCUAUCGUGAAGGAAUGUGUCCGAAGAUUCUCGGUUCACACAACCUAAGAAUAGUUCUGAUGUGAAUGCUGGGAGGUUUCGAUCUCGUGUGUUGAAGGUCAUUGUGGAUGGACUCUGGUGCCGGGUAAAUAUCUUGGAAACGCUGGUUCCUUGGAGACUGGAGACGGCGGUAUAACUUACGCUAGUUUUCGAAGAUAGUAGGAAGUUCAAGAACUACUGUGGGAACUAUUACACGUCGUUAUCAGGCACUGUGGCCUAGUCACUGCGCCUCUGCAAGUUGUUAGGCGAUUAGAUAGAUUUCUACGGUAGCACGAUAAGGCGCGUACCAAGAGGGAAUGCACCAGCCACAUCUCACAAAGGAGCACGCGAAGU